AUGGGCAACAAACCAUCACAAGCUUCAAAAGUUCAGAAAUCAUCAUUGAUUAUUACUCAUAUGGCUGAUUCAAAAGUGCCAAGAGCAACUUCGUUACCAGCUAUUCCAUUAUCAUUAGGUGCAGCAUCUCUUUCAUGUCUCGCUGCUGAACAUCAUCAAAUACAUGAUCAAGAAUCACUUGAUGCUUGGCGUACAAAAGCAUUGCAUACUAUUGAUGACCUUUGCGAACAAAAAGCAUCAUAUUUACGACAUGAAGCACAUGUCAGUGCAUUAUUAGGUCAAUUAAGAGCAAUAAUUGAUGAAGAAAUGCCUCGUCAUGAAAGUGGAUAUCUUAUGGAUAACCAUCAUGUGCAACAAAUUCAAAUGAAUGCUAAUAAUUUAAGAGAAUAA